UGUCUACGAAAAAUUUAAAAAUAUGUUUUAUUUAAUUUAAUAAAAAGGAAAAAUAACUAUUAAAUUAAAACAAAAUAUUAAAUUAGUAAAAUUAACAUUUUAAAUAUGAAAAUCAUAUCAAUAAUUAUAUAUUUUUUCUUUAUUUUUGCCAUCCAAUCAUUAUAUUAUAUAAUCUAAAUAUAAUUAUACUACUCUAUUUUAAUUAAUCAGUGUAUAUACCAAACUAUAUUUAUAUACUGCAGUUUAUUAAAAAUAAUAUACAUUCGGUAUAUUCAGUACUACUAAAUCCAAACUACUUUUUCUAUCUCAGUUUGAUUUUAAUUGGUUCGGUUUUGCCGGAUUGAACACUCCUCAAGUAAUAUGGACAAUAAAGAUAUAUAUAUAUAUAUAAGUCAAAUAAAUAUAUGCACGGAUGUACAUGUCAAAAUUUAGUUAAAUAUUUAAAAUUCAUGUAGUUUAAAGGCAAUGUCAGAAUCUGUGCUAGGUGGUUAUAACCGGUACAAGUUAUAUAGUAAGCUGGUUAAGGGAAAUCGGGAGUGUACUACAUAGUUUAAUCACACGAGAGUACUUUGGCGUAUUUUUUAAAUUAAUUUGGAGGUAUUCUAAACCUAUAAAAUGACUCAAAUUAAGCUCUAAUAAUAAGUACAGUCCACGGAUGGACUUUCUAUUCGAGGCGUUGGGUUUAAGGUUUUUUCAACCAAAAAAGUUUCGGUCUAGUGUAAAUUAAAUCUCACUUAGAAAAAGAAAAAAAAAUCUUACUUAGAAUCACAACAAAGGUACCCAAAUACACAAAAACAAAAUCAAUAGGAUGAGAGAAAUAUAUAUUAGUAGAAAAAAUUAACUAGACGUAGUCUCAGAAAUAAAAAUUAACUAGGCGUAGGGAUACGUAGUCAUACAUUUUAUUUGUUUGCCUUGCAUGUUCUGUGUCGAUGGAUCAUGGGAAUACGUGACUGAAACAAGAUGACCAUGAGCAUAUGGCCCAUAGUGUUUUCUUAGUUAAUAAUACUCUUUUGUAUAUUAUUUCUUAAAUUAUAUUGGCUAGUGUUUUAAUCGGCUGAAUGGUUUAUUUUGCAUAGUGAAUAUUGCCGUUCUUUGUUGGUGGUGUUGUUUGAUGGACAUUAGGGUCGGUGGAAUCACAUGAAACACCAUGUUACUCCUUCGCCCCUUUUAUUUACUUGGAUAACUUUUUGUCAUAAAUAUGUAUAGUGUGUGAAAUUGAUUCCUCUAAAAAAAACAUAAAUAAAUAGUUUAAAUCGUGAUUAAUAGGAUAAAAAUCCGAUAAAGAAUCGCCAACUAUAAAUAAAUAUAUAUAUUUAAGUUUCAGAGAUAUAUGAUUUUUAGUGUUAGAAUACCCAGAGCCCAUUUUGUUAACUAUAUAAAACGUAUUGAGUUUAAUUUUGUACUUAUGUUCAUAACCUGCGUGUAUUUUUUUACUAUUGACAAAUGGACGUAAAAGUAAUUAGAACGGUUUUUGUAUUAAAAACAAAAAUAGUACUGCAUUUGAAUAUUUAUUUCAGGGUCAUACAAAUGUUCAAAUGCAACAUCGUUUUAAAUUGUUAUAUUUUGGCUUUCAUUGUUUUCUAUUAACAGAGUUAACAACGUUCUUAGUUUUUAACGUUUUUUUGGUGUAAAAAAUAAAAAGUAUUUUCACUUUUUUUUAUCUGGAACCCAAAUAUUGUAAAUAAUUUCUUUUAGCACGAAACAAAUUUGGAUGGCGGAAAUUACAGUCGCAACCUCUUUGUCACUAAAGCUGACUCGUUGGUUAAUUCAAUUAUAUGUGAAUAACAACAUUGAGAAUAUUUACCGCUGCAUCAAUCAAAAGACAAUCAAAGCAUUUACUGAAGUGGAUUGAAAUGAAUUAGGACAGCUAAUUCAGGACCCAUCCAUUGCAUACGCGUCAGUGUUUAUAUUUCCAGCUAAUGUUUGUACUUUGAAGGCGUACGUCAAAAUAUGUUGUUGUUUAUUCGUUUAUAUGAUGCGAUAUGGCAUUAAUAAAAUUUGAAAAACAAGCUGAAAAUUUGUGAAAGAUUAGGUGAUGAACUUUUUUAUCGAAUAUAUACAGAUGUAUGUUCACAUAGUUAUAUAUAUAUGCACCUGCGUUAAUAGUAACUUAGUAACAAUGAAAAAAACAUUGAUCGAUUUCCGCACACUGAAUUUCUGUUUUCUUCUUACUGGUUAUUGGUGGAUAACACAAUAAUAAAAAGUCGAUAAAAAGUCUCAUAUCUGUUGAUUCUUAUUUGAAAAGCUGUCGUAUAUCAAAUGUUCGCUCUAUAAUUUGGUGGGUCAAAUCACAUGCUCUCUAAUUAUUUCAUAUGAAAAGUCAUUAUCCGAAAGGGUAUAACGCCACAAAAAUGAAAUCGCAGAAACAUGGAUAUCCAUGAAUGGACUGUCACAAGAUCUUCCAAUAACAUUUAGCUUUUUGGUCAAACGUCAAGAGUCAGUGAGUUGAUGAUUAAUCCCUCGUGUUGUAUGUAGUAGCUGCCAAACACUAACAUACUCAAAUCCACCCAAUUAAUAAAGCUUCGAAGAACAAUAUUUUUUAUUCGACUUUAUGACAUUCCUUAUGACAAAUGCGGUCAAACGGUCACAAUGAUAUAACAACAAUAACAAUUGGACAUUUCGUUUUCUUUUAUAAUCUAACUAUUUUGUAUGAAAUUUAUUUAUAUAUGAUUGGAUAAAACGAGAGCUUGCAUGCACAUUUGUUAAGUUGGAGAUGCAUCUUGAUAAGUCACGUAUGUUCCAUGUGAAUUUUUGCUCGUUUGAAUUGUUAAAUUCAUAUGUUUAUUCAACUGAAUUUUUUUUGGAACCAUAUUAUUCAACUGAUUUUUUUUUUUUUUUGUAAAUUUCAAGAUAUUGGAAUGGAUGUUGAAGUGACAGAUAAAAUAAACACUAUUUCAUGUGAUUCUUUAACUUCAGUUGUAACACUUUUGACUAAUUCAUUUGUAACACUUCAUUGUAAUCUUAUUGAGUUUAGAAAAAACUCAAUUGUUCCUUAAAAGAAAAGAGAGAUUACCACUUGACGCGUACAAGUUCGAUACGGUGAUCUAUGUUUCAGCUGGAAAAAGUUUUUUUUUUUUUUGUAAGCUGGAAAAAGUUACUAGAUACAAUAUUAAAAACAUUUAUAUCUUAUUCAUAUGGAAUUAUUUUAAGUAUAUAUCAUCUACUUUAUUUAAUUUUUAGCAGAAUAACCACUUUUAAGAGAAAGCAUGACAUAUGAGGUGGUGCAUAUAUAUGGACAAUCUUUUUGCUGGUAAUGAGAAACAACUAGAAUUUUGGAUUUUGUUCUUUAGAUUUCUUCGUUAUUGCCUUUUACGGGUACGUUCAGUUCAUCUAUAUACAUACAGCCAUUAUCUACAGUGGUUGCAACAAAUGCAGAUGCUUUUGUUCCCAAAUAAUUUGGUGGAUCUUGUUUUCAUUUUCUUUUCUCUUUAGGAAAUAUAAUUUCGACAAGCAGCCAAAUUGUUCGUAUCGUCUCAUAUUCAUAGCUGGUUUACGAACGGUCUUAAACGUGAAACGAAUUAAAAUGAUCGAAUACUUUGUAUUGUGGAUAUAAUUAAAUCUUGUAUAGAGAAAUGGGAUACUCAUAAUCCUAUCUUAAAAAGUGAUUUAUUCUCUACCUCUUGCAUGUGGGCUGUGGCCUAUUUGAAAAUAUGUGACUAUGAUCGUUCGUCUACCUCACCGUACAAACCAAAAAAGACCUAAUUCGAAACAGUUUGCUUAAUAUGGUACGUCAAAUCACUCAGGUUUAGUAUCUAGCAAAGCAUUGUAUGAUUUUAGCAAAGCAUUAUAUAUCGAAUGUAACAUCUUUAUCAAAAGUAAUAAUGUCAUACAAGGUGCUUGUAAACAUGUUUCUCCUUUAUUAUUUUGGUUAUAUUAAUAUAAGAGAUGGUAGAUUGUUAUAAUUCAUCUUCGUGAAUGGUAGGGUCUUAUAAACAUGUUUCACAAAAAAAGAAAGAAAAAAGUUGUUUUUGAAAAGACAAGGCAGAAACAUGUGGACUUCAUACAUUACCUCCACCUGAUAUGUUUCCCAGACUAUCUACUCUCCAGUGACUCUUUUACUUUUAGUUCCCUAUAUAUACUUUAGACACUUAGAUAAACUUGCUUACAAACUAAACCUGAUCCAUUUCUAUAGAAGCACAAACAUUCAAAUAUUCAUCACUUUCAGAUUUUUCGUGUCAAUAUCCCUUUUUGGUUACUUGCAUUAAUCCUAUAAGAUGGGUAUUCAAUUGAUUGGACUAUCUAACGCCAAGCAAAAGCUUCAAAGAAGCUUAUCAGCAAAAAUCACGAGCUUUUUGGCAAUGUCAGGUACUAAUAAUGUCCCAAAGGGUCAUGUGGCUGUCUACGUGGGUGAGACUUAUCAAAGAAAGAAGAGAUUUGUGAUACCUAUAUCAUGUUUAAACCAUCCAUUGUUCCAAGAUUUGUUGAGCCUUGCGGAAGAAGAGUUUGGGUUCGAUCAUCCCACGGGAUGUCUAACCAUCCCUUGUACUGAAGAUUACUUCACUGCUGUAGCUUCUAUUUUAAAUGGUUCGUGAUAAGAGAGUCACAAUAUUCAUUAAGUUUCUUUAUACAUAUAUAUUUGUGUAUUUUCUUUAAAUCUAUUUAAGGAAGUGGAAAGAAAAUAACUCGAGAUUGAGAUACUAAGGCGUUUGUUUCAAUUUUGGAUGUCUUGUGAGUUCUUCUAAGUUCUAACCGUUCCAUUUGUAAAGAACUUACUUCCUCAAAAAAAUAAUCUAAGAUUGUUUCUAUGUAGAUUUGUUUACUUUUUCGAUGUAUAUAGCGGAUUGUUUUCAGAAGUUACUUUAUGGAGGAAAUUCGGAAGGACUUUUCUUUUUUUGAAACUGUAAGAUUUGUUUCUAAUCUACUCCAUCUGUUCCUUAAUAUUGCAUAUUCUAGAAUUUUCACAGUUUUUAUUUUUUAAGAAAAUUGUUGAAAUGUCUAUUUUAACCUUUUGUCACUACUAUUAAAAAAAUAUCGUAACAAAGAAAUCUAAAUUAAAACAAAAAGUGAUCGAUUAACUGUGUCAUUAUUUUGCUUCAUUAUGUUCCGUUCCCCAUAUUUAAGAUCUCCAUAUUCCAUAUUUAUUGUAGUCAACAUUCCAAUGAUGAAACUUUACAUUUUUGAUUUACUAAUUCACGUGCAUAAUGCGAACUUCUUUUAAAAAAAAUUUGGAGCCAAAAUUUUUAAACAACUCAAAAUUUGGUUUUAGUACCAAAAGUUAAGUGACUAUGGGGGGCUUAUUGAAUUAGGGGUUUGAGAAGGUUUUCAAGAUUUUAAGAUUUAGAGGGUUUUGUUGAAUUCUAUGAUUUUGAUGGAGGGUUUUGUUGAAUUCAGGGAUUUUGAUGGAGAUUUAAAAAGAGACUUUUGAUAGGAUUUGGUAAGAUAUUUCUAAAAUAUUUUAAUAAUAGUUUCGGCCACAACCUUCUAUUCCUAUUUGUAUCUAAGGUCUAUGGAUAUAGGUUGGUAGGGAAAAAAAUUAUAUUUACGGUUGUUAUAUAUUGCUCUGAUUUUGUGGCUAAAGUAUUGACAUAUAUAUAGGUUGCCGGAUGAAUUGAUCUACUAAUAUAUUGCUAAUCUAUGUUUCCAUAUAACAUGACACAAAUAAAGAUGCAGAUUUCAAGCUCAACUGGAAGCGAGUAGCUAUCACAAGCAUGUUUGGACUUGGUUUUGUCGGUAAUGUUGGCCACUCUGGUUUCUUUCCUGCUUCUUUCAUAAUCAUUUAGCUAUAAAUCCCCAUGUUUGCAUCUCACCUAAUCCAGCAAAACUGUUAUACUUGCGGUAUCGCAGGUACGGAGGUCUUGAUAAAUUCAUAAAACUAAAGCUUCGAUAUGUACCAAAGUCAACACGUUUUGUGGCACAGUGGCAGCCGAAGUGGCAAUGGAUGGAUGAAUGGAUGGCUGGAUGGAUGGAUUUUCUUUCAAAAAGAAGAAGUGGCAAUGGAUGGUCUUAUCUUUGGCCCCAUAGAUCUACUUAUAUUCUUCACAUAAUGGGAUAAGCUACGGGCAAGAACACAUCUCAAGUUAAAGAAAAACUCAAGAGAGAUUUUCUACCAGCUCUAGCUCUUGGAGGCGGAGCAUGGCCGCUUCUUCAGAUCGCAAACUUCUGAUACGUUCCCGUUCAAUACCAGCUACUUUACGUCAACAUCUUUUGCCUGAUAUAUUGUUUUAGGAGAUGUUGAAGACCGCAAGAGAAGUAAGGUUUGUUAGCUGAAGAGGUAUCUUUCCAUGUACCAUCUGAAGCUACUGCAUACAACACUGAUGCAAAUGUCUCAACCCUCCAAAUAACUCAUUCUGCCUCAAUGGAAACUGAUCCUGUCCCUCCUAUAAGCUCACCAGCAGAUAAUUCCACAGCUAUUAGCGCUUCUCCAUCUGAUAUAGUAUGUGUUCCGGAAACUACACAAUUUAACACUGAUUCUGGUUUCAUUGGGAACAUCACUACAUCAACUUCUGUUUCACCUACUUCUUCUGCUCCUUUAGUCUUUGCUGCUGCAGGUACACUAUCACUGUCUAUCCCUGUGGUGGAUUUGAAAUGUAAAUCCAGUGUAGAUGGCCUUCCAGAUAGUUGCUUACAGUUAAGUGAUGCAAAAGGAUCAAACAGAUUUGUUAAUCUAGCCAUGUUAGAAGAAGAUAUAUAGCUGGAUGUUGUGACCUCCCUCUCUCAGUCUAUGUCCCCAUCAGUCGAAACCAGCACUCAAUUUGUUUAUAACUCUUCCCUGCCUUCAACGCCAUCUUCAUUUUCAGACCUUUUUGUGGACAAUGUUGUGGCUACAAGCUCUGAUAGUUUAGAUUUGUCACAAAGAUCUCGUGGAGAUCGUAGUAAAUAUGAAAUAAUCUUUUUUUUCUUAAAUUCCAUCUCUUCAGAUGGUAUUUUGUUCUAUUAGAUUUGAAGGGUAAAUGAUAGUUUUUAAUAAUCCAAAAUAACUUUUCAUGAAUCUCAUUGAUGAAAUCCAUAUUUUCCAAUAAGGGGUGAUUUAAUAGGGUUUUUAUAAAUGAUACAUGCAAUAAGGGAGGAUUUGUAAAACUUUUUAUAAAUACCUAAUCCAAUAAGGGAGGAUUUGGCAAAAACCUAAAUUUUUAUGAAAUCCCUAAUCCAAUAAGCCCCACUAUAUAUGUUUGAAGCAUACGAUGGAUUGUAGCUAUGCAUAUUUGAGUAGCAGCUUUUCCUCACGAUAUUAUGAGUUGUGAGGGAGACAGAGAGUUCGUUUUUGAUUUAAACAAUACACCGCCGAAUUCCUUUGAGGCUUCGAAUGGAAAUAGCGGAUCAAGCGUUGCAGAUCUAGCAAAACAAGAGUAGAUCGAGCGGAUCUAGCGGUACAAGAGUGGAUCGAGCGGAACGAGCGGUCUGAAAUAUAUGUAUGAAUGGUGAAAGCGGAUAAAAGCAGUUCAAAAUACUGUACAUAUUUAUAAUAGUUUAUUUAAGGUUUUAUAGUUAUUUAAAUAAAUUUAUAUUUAGUCUCUUUUAUAAUAUUAGAUAUUUUAAAAUAUUUUUAAAUUAAUUUUAUUUUAAUUCUUUUAAAUUCUACUAUUUUAUAUAUUUUAAAUAACUAUUACUAAAUUUCUAUUGCUUUUAAUCAAAAAAACUAUACUUUUUAUCUAAAUUGUUCUAUAACAUUUUUAUUUUUUAUUUUUUAUUUAUAAAUAUACAUAGUUAUAGCAAUGUGAAAAUACUAAAUAGUAUUGUUAUUAUUGUUUAUUUUUUAUCUAGAAAAUAAUAAUAUGAAAUAUAAUUAAUAUGUAUAAUUAUUUUGAGCUUUACAAUUUUGAAUGAUUUUAAUUUUUUUGGUAAAGUGGUAUAACAUUUUUGAGAUUUAAUAUUAACUAGGACAUCAAUUUAAUAUAUUUAAUAGUUUUUCUAAAUAAAAAAUAUUAUUAAGAAAAUAAAGUAUUAUGAUAAAUAAUAAUAUAUAUUGUUCAUUUGAACAAGGGUGGACGUUCGGAUAUCCAUUCGUAUUUGGCUCAUCUCAAAUAUUUAUAUUUUUGAUUCUAGAUAGAAUUAUAUUUUGUAUAACUUUUAGAUAACCCAAACAUUUUAAAAUUAAAAUUCACAUAUAUUAUUUUGUCUUUUUUCUUGAGCAAUAAAAGAAAAAAAACUAAAUAAUGAUGGAACACAAAAGAACCACCAAAAACACUUCAACAUUGCAGCAUAACUACUGUAGAUGGCAGUUCGGUGUGUUUGUUUGCAACUUUGAACCAUAUGUGGUUCUUCCACAUUAAUUAAACGUUUGUAGUGAUAAUUGAAAAUAAUGUUGAAUGGGAAAACACAAUGUGUGCGACACACUUAGGCGUACCGUCCGUCUUUGGACCGCUUCCCACUCAAUACCUGAAGCUGAUUCAGACAAUCCAGGAAAAAGAGUUUUUUAUGAGAUAACUAGAAAGAAGUAAUUUUAUAGAAUACGAUUAGAACUUUUACACAGAUAUAAUAAUCAGUAGUCUAUUUGACUUCACUUUAAACGAAGCAUUACAGUGUUGAAUAAGAUUCUUUUCCGUGUACAAUUUUAGUAGUUGUGUUUAUUUUAUCGUAAACAAAAAUAAUAAUAAGUAAGGACAAAACAGACAAACUCAGACCAAAUAUGUAUAGAAAACCGAAAAUAUACAUCUUUUUAAAACAAAAUUUUUGAAUUCUACAUAUCACAUUAAUAUAUUUUAAUGAUCUUUACAUGUUCACUUAAUAGAAACUAGGUGGACUGCCCGCACGCAUGUGCGGGCAUUAACAUUAAUAUUAAAUUAAUAAUUACAUAUAUACAACUAUAUAAUACUUAUGUUACAUAUAUAUGGUUAAUAUGAAAGAUUCGAUGUUACAUAUUGAUAUUUAUAUUAUGUUCAUAUGAACAAAGAAUACAUUAGAACGUUUAGAAAACGAUCACAUUUAACAUUAAUCUUAAAACAUCAGAAAAAUAUAAUUGAAAAAAAAAAACAAAUAUUUCACGCAUGACCCCAAUAAAAAUCAGCCAUAAAAUAUAAAAGAGAGAUUUGAAUUACUUGAGAUUUAUUAUCAUUAGUUUCAUUGUAACAGUAGAGAUGAUUUAUGGUUUCCUUCUCUAAGCCUUGAGUCAGAAAAGAGGUAAUUCUAACAAAAAUAUUUAAAGAUGUAAACAAUCCCCAAAAGAUAACAGAUUAUAUAAUUGAUAGGACAACGUCAAUGAGUUUUAAAGUUUUUAAAAAGCUUUGAGAUUACCUUUGGUUCUCAGAUGUACCGAAGAGGAUCACGCACAAUAAAUAAAUUGCACUUGAUUAGCAUACACAUCUUAUAUUAUAUUCUUGAUAAGUGAUUUAACUUUAUAAAAAAAAAGAAUUACCUUUUUCGAAAGGGAUGAUCAGUUCCUGGAUAAACAGAGUCGUCUCUUUUUGUUAGUUGAAUCACUACUGAUGCAAAAAUAUAGAUAGAUAUACAACAUGGAGAGGAAGAGAACAAAAAUAAA